UCUCCUCCCUGGGACCGCUUCUGUCUUCCUUCCUGAGAAACUCUUCAGGAACCCUGCGAACCCCAGACGCGUUUUACACUCCCCCCCCGUGCCGCCUCCCGCCCCCGUUCUGCGAUUGGCGGAGAGACGACUGGAGAGCUGGAUCAGGGCGGGUGGACGGGCCAAGGGAUCAGCAGGACCGGUGGACCGCGGCGCUGGAAAGGAGCUCAGGUUGUACAUACCACAUCAGAUAACGUCCAUGACACAGAAAAACACCAAUGACGGACAAAUCAAAUGCCAAUGGCUUUCCCUCAAAAGCCUCUGAAAAUGGGGAGCGGAGGAGGCAGCUGCCGUAUUCAGUGGAAACCCCCUACGGGUUCCACCUGGACCUGGACUUCCUCAAGUACGUCGACGACAUCGAGAAGGGCAACACCAUCAGGAGGGUGCACAUCCACCGGAGGAACAGGGCGCCCAAAUUCAGCACGCUGCCCCGCAACUUCAGCCUCCCCAGCCACGGCUACAGACCGGACAUGUGGGCCUCCACCGGUGCCCUCGGGCCUAAACCCAACUCCCAGUUCCACCAGGUCAUUGAGUUCCGGGCCUGUGAUGGCGGGUACCUCCCCAGGUCGCCGGGGCCUGGGUGCAAAGCCCUGAAGGCGAUGGAGGACGCCAGCAUCAGGGCCUUCGACGAGCAGCCCCUGGGCUUCCGUGUCAGGCCGUACCUGCUGAGGGCCACCAGCAUGCCGGUCACCGUGCUGCAGAGGAAGUGCUCGGAGACCUCCGACGACCAGGGCUCCCAGGUCGGAGAUGCCUGCUGGGAGAAUGGCUCCGCAGAGAAUGUCUUCUGCACCGCGGACCUCGAGGGGAGAGGGAGCUCUGGCCUCCACCAGCAGCUCGCCGUGGCCCUGCAGAGGAUCAGAGAGCUUGAGGAACAGGCCCGCAUCGUCACCGAGCUGAAGGCCCAGAUCGGCGCGCUGCAGAAGGAGAAACAACAGCUCCUCCUGAGGGUUGACGGUCAAUCUGCGAUUGUCACAGGACAGAAGGGGGUGGAGAGCGGAGCUCCAAGCACAGAGAGCCCCUCAGUAGAAGAGGUAGAUGUGGGUGUGACAGAGGGAAGCAGUGGCUCCACAUCACAGCAGACUGUUGCUGCCCUGCAGACGAAGCUCACAGGUCUCCAACAAAAAAUCAGCCAAUCCGAUGCAGAGCUGGAGAAAACCAAAGCUCUCCUGAGGGAGGUAACGGUGGAGAACAAGCUGAAAGAGGACAGAAUCAAAGAGCUGACUGAAAAGGUCUGUGUAAAACUGGGGGAAACAGGAGGCAGUCAGAGCAAUGGUGAUUUACUGGAAGUAAAGGCAUCAACCACUCAUACUCCUACCUGUGACUCACGGCUGAAUGCACAUUUGCCAACCAGCACCAGUGCACAAGACAAAAAUCUGACAAGUUCAAGCACUCAGACAGACACCGCCAUAGUGUCUGCAAAUGUUCGUAUAGCUGCGGAGGAGUCUGCCACCACGCCGGUCAGGGCUGAGCCCUGGGAAACACAUGGCGACAGUGAUGCUGAAAGGAACCCUCAGAACACAGCAGCGCUGGGAGGUUCAGGCGGCUCUGCGGAAGCUGCAUCUCCGGGCGAGGUGGACCCACAAUGCACUGCUUCAGCCUCAAAGGAGCAUCAGCAGAAGCAGGAGGCGGACAGGCCCGGAGCCACACACACAGCCGUGGGACACCACAUAACCAGGAUACAGCAGCUCCUGCAGGAGCAAUGGGCCUGCCUGAGUGCCGUGGACUCUGACUCCACCAGCAUCCUCCAGCCGGACUCCAAGAUCAGCUCCAUCCAGGCUCAGCUGGUCAGCUCACUCCACACUCUCUCCUCCCUGCACACGUCAUCGGCACGGAAUGGAGGGGCCACGCCGCACGCAGCGCUGAAAUCCAUAAUGAAGAAGGACUAUGCCGUGCGGCUGGGAAAUGGUGGUGCCAAGAAGAACCUCAAAUUUGUUGGCGUGAAUGGGGGGUAUGAGACAACUUCCAGUGAGGAGUCAAGUGGAGAGGACAAUGUUGAGGGGGAUGGUGUGGCAGAGGGGAAACUGGAGGAGGGGGCCAGUCAGGGCCUGGAGGAUCCAGUGGGACAGGGCGCUCCUUCAGGAGAAUCUACCAAGAAAUCUGAAACCCCACAGCCCCGCACAGGACCCCAGGAGGAGCCACCAGGAAGUGGCCCGGUAGACGAGGACUUCAUGGCAGCGUGUCACUUUCUUAAAGACCGCCUGGAGGAGGUGGCCUCCCCUGACAAAGAAAUGAGGCAGGUCCUGACUAAGCUUUACCAGGAGUGGUUCCGUGUCUCCAGCCAGGAGGACUCGCCGGUCGACACCGUGGCCGCGUACCUGAGGCAGGUGCGGGCCGCCACCCCCACGCUCCUCCCCUUCGUCGUCAACCUGGCCGACGGCAACGGCAACACCGCGCUGCACUACAGUGUGUCCCACUCCAACUUCCAUAUCGUCAAGCUGCUCCUGGACACAGGCGUCUGUGAUGUGGACCUCAGCAACAAAGCUGGCUACACAGCCAUCAUGCUGGUCUCACUGACCACAGCUGACACCCCUGAAGACGUGGAAGUUGCCCGGCAACUGCUGGAGCUCGGGGACACCAAUGCACGCGCCAGCCAGGCGGAGCAGACGGCCCUCAUGCUGGCGGCGGGUCACGGCCGCUCGGUCAUGGUGCGCCUCCUGCUGGGCUGCCGGGCCGACCCGAACGCGCAGGAUCGCACCGGCACCACGGCGCUGAUGAGCGCCUGCGAGAGCGGCCACGCUGAGGUCGUCCGUCUGCUGCUGGAGCACGGCUGUGACACCGGCCUCACCGACAGCGAAGGCCGCAGCGCUCUCUCCCUGGCUCUGCAGGCCUCCCACUCGGAGAUAGCUGACCUUCUCCACGCCCACGGUGACGCCAGCCCCUCUGACCCCGCUGGUGUCCUCUGAACCCUCGUCCCCCUCGGAGGACAGACGCUCCAUUCAGCGGGCCUCCUUGUCAGCAUCGCUGGAGGCCCUGGCCUUCGCACUCCUGAGCAAAACACAUUUUUCGCAUUUUUGCGGACACACGCUGUCUGAAUAAUCAACGUUUGGCUAUCAUCUGGCAAGAGAAAGAUGCUUUUCUGCCAAUCAAAAGGCAGAGGAGGUUUUGGGGGUGGGGCAGCCCUCUACUGAGUUUGACCAAUAAUAUGAAUUCACUUCUGCUGUCAUGGUUACAACUCAGUAUUUAUGCUUCUCCAUCUGAUGACAUCAGAAAGAUCAUAUAAAGCCAUAAGCACUAGCCAUAAGCCAUAAGCACCAGCUUUCUCUAUUUUGCCACUUUUUGCUGACUUGUAAUGUAUUGUAAUAUACUCCAUAUGCAUAAAGUCCAGGUGAUUUUGAUGUUUACUUCUUUUUAGCUUGUUAUUUUUCCAGAUUUUUUUCUUACAUGAAAAUUAAGUGUUAAACUGCAGUCCUCCAAUGAAAUGUCAAGGAGGCUUGAAGUCCAAAACCGAGUUAAGGUUUGAAGCACAGAAAUGGGUAGAAACACCAGAACCAGUCUUUAGCAGGCUUUCUCGCAGUGAUUUGGUAUGCGGACCACUAUGUUUCAUAUUCAGUAUCUGUAUCUGUAUCAUUAAGUUAUAUAUACAGUAUAUGUACAUUUGCGCUGUUCUGACUACAUCCUGAUAGUUCUGAUUCCAUAAUAUUUAACUGGGAAUUCUUGCCACUGGAAAGGUAGAGUGAACACGGGACUGGAGGUGUGAUGAUCAUCUACUCUUUGCUUUCUGGACUUUUCCCACAGUGUCAAUCCAGUAUUCUGUCUAUCCAUGUGUGGAUCUUGGUCUCUCCCCAAAUGUCUGUGUUUUGCCCCAAACACACACCCCGUAGCGCUGUCUGAAUUUCACGGAAGAAAUUCACGUCCAUUCUCUUUGGCACCCCGGGGUAUUGUAUUAGCGGAGGCAUGCCUCUGGAACUCUCUCUUUCCUGGAUGGUUGGCAUUUAGUGCAGAACAAAAUGCACUGGAGAAGACUCGAUGGAUGGAAGGUGAUUGGCCAUGUGGAAAACCAUGUACUCAUUCACACAAUCGUGUAUAUUGAAAAAACAAAUUAUUUUACAUAUAUUACCAUUUGACUACAUAUAUUCUAAUGUGUUUAUGCAAUAUUAUAUGUCUGUUCGAGUAUGAAUGUAUACAGAAAGUUCUAA